UCCUCUCGUAGUCCCGUGCAUCGUGCAUCAUACGUCAUAUUAUACGGUCCCCUCGUGGAACUGCUGUAUACUUUGAUUCGCGCAGUAUCGAUUCGCCAGGCGACUGGUUUACAACCGGCGUGCACGCUGUAUAGCACCCACGCUGACAGUAAAGCUUCGGCUGCAGACGCGUGUGUAGUUAAUCCAGUGGCCAGCGACACCGAGCUACGCACACGGAAGAGCAACGCUAUCAACAUCUCGAUGGUGAAGCUGCGCAAAGUGUCAGUGGCAGGGAGAAAUUGCCUUGCCGUUUUCGGCCACUCGACGUACAAAGGGCGCCGGAGAAAACGUCUCUUACGUGAAAAAGCGUUGAAAAAGAUGCUAACGUCGGGACGAUCGGGAUCAAUCAAUCCCGCGGAGAUCGGCAACGUACCGGACACGAAGGAUCCUGGGGCAACAGGAAAUGGUUCGGGAACUUACAUGCGUGGUGCGCGCAGCCCGGGCUCCUACGAGGGCGACGACAGGGCGAAAGAGUUCCUUUCGACCGGGAGAGCCGGAAGGAGGAAUGCCCUGACGGAGAUUUUGGGCCGCCACGCUGAACCUGCGAUGUUGGAUCUGCCGAAUCGAUUCGAAGAGCUUUCCAUGGAGACAGUUGCAGGUCAAUCGAGCAAUGGUGGGCAAGAUCCAAAUUCGCCAGCCACCUCGAAACAACAGGGUUGACACAGCCCCUGGUUUCGUUCUAUGAAUAUCUCGGUCGCAACUUCGACGGAACGUGCCAUUGAUGGGAAACGCAGCAGCGACAAAAGAACUGGUUGUUGCAGGAGAAAGGAGUUGCUGAAACACACAGCAUCGGACCGUCACUGAAUGUCUCGCUUGGCCUCAAACUUCACGCAUCGUUUAUCUUGUCGUUACGUUGGCGAAUGCGCCGGUGUGAUGGCUCCUUGAAAGCCAGUUGCACACGUGCGCUACUGUAAGCAUGUGAUUUAACGCGAGUGUAGAGAGUAUGCUAUUGGAAACGAGCGUUGCAGCUCGCGUUGUUAGUAACGAACAGAGACACGUUCACAAUAUGCAUUGAAAUAGCCGCGAUUAGUUAGCAAGUUUGAUAUUAUUGAAGCAGCAACGUCGCAGACAAUUUAGCAGCUUUUGCGACGCGUCGUUGAUAAAAGUAGGCGACGCUCUCUGGAAAAAAGAGAGCACCGCGAGAAAAUGGUUUUUCCAGAUAAACGCGUUUAGAACUACGCGCUUUACAGUGGCGGAUGAACGAAUAUUUUUUUUUUUUUUUUUUAUUGCAAGUGCAUUGUCAAGUUGCACCAACUCCAAAGUAAUUAGAGCGGCCACUGUGAGAAUAAUCAGCGGGAUAAACGAGUAUGCGCUUUGUCAGGAUCUUCUUUCUGUGACAUGUUUGCUGCAUUUCAUAAAUCGUGCUGCGCUCUUUUCACGCUGUACUUGCGAUAAAGUAGGAUAAAGUCUGCCUUCAGCUGUUUCAUGGCUUUCCAGGAAGAAAAGAGCGGAUGAAGACGCCUGAUCCUCCUGUCGAGAAAAAUAGUCGACUCUCUCAUUUCCUAAAGAUGUUUCGUAACUGGUAUUAAUGUAAUAAAUAGACUGCGAACUUUCGUGCAUUUUUACAUCUUUGUAUUUUACAUUCAUAAGAAUGGAACUAAAGGAAUGGACCUUUGCUUCGUCUCUACUGGAUAUCAGAGUAAAUAUCUUGCAUUGGAUGUUUAACAUAUUGGAUAUACGCGUUGAAAUAAAUGCACAAGUAAAUGCACAAAAAUCCGCAGUCUCAUAAUAAAUAAUCGUCCACUCUUUCGUUAUCGGUAAAUGACUAAUUGUGAAUUGUGAAGUUAAUAAUUGUUCUAGAAAAUCGAGGUUGUCUCGUUGCACGUAUAAUUCUGUCGUAUAAAAAAAUAUGAAAAUGUCGAGAUAGAUCUCGUCGUACCUUAAUCUCUUUCUACCAGAGCACGUCGCGUACGUGUGCGUACAGCUCGAGAAUCACACGAUGGGAAACACUUGUUGUCUGUCUCACAGAAUAAAUCUUUCAUGUCGUGAAUGUUGUAUACGGAUAGUUCAGUGUGUUUGUACGUGUGUACGCCCCCAUGGGCACCUUGUGAAUUACGAAUAUGGUUCACAAAAACAAGUAUGAUCCUUUGUAUAAAUUUGUCAGGUUCUGUUACCACUGAAGAUAUCUUACAAAUUCUCGGUCUGUUUCCUUUCCUUUGUUUGCAUCGUGGUACGCGUAAAUAUCAUAUAUUUAGGAAUUAAAAGUUUGAUAUAAGAUACGCAGUUUUGUACAAACAUUCGUUAUACAAACAUUGGCCUAUUGAGAAACACACGCGCAGAGAUAUAUUUUUAUUUAUGAUCAGAAAUCAUGUUAUGUGUUCAAAAUUUGCGAUGAGAAAUAAGUAUUUUCUGAUAUUCUCAUAUUUUUACAAAUGCGUGUGAUUUGUUACAUGCCUAAAGAUUAUUUAUAACGCUUAGUAAUUUAAUUGUGGCAACGAAAUUGUCUUGCACCGUAAUUAACUCUAGUUGUGCUUUGAAUACAUCCAUGAAAUACUAUAGCGAUACAAACAGAAUUACCUCCAUCUUAAAUCAUUUUCACAGGAUUUUCAAUUUAAAACAAUUUAUGUUAUAUUAAUAUUCGUUUACAGCAAUGCUGUUUAAUCUCGUACCACGAAACUGUUGAUGUGAAACAAGAUCAUCGUCAGACUUGCAUAAAUACAAGAUGCUUCGUUGUAUGUAAUUUGUGAAAAUAUCGAUGAAGUCAUUAAUGGGUCUAAGAAAUAUACUGCUGGUCAAGAUAGAAGAUUAAAAAUAGGUCUUUUCUUCUGAGAAUGUUUCCAGGAUUCAAGGAUAAUCUCCUUAACUGCGACUAUAUUCUCUGCACUGUUAAUAUUACGGAGAACAGUGUAUAUUACAGUUGUCCUAAUUAAAUUACACUGUAAUUUAAUUACUUAAUGUAUAGUAAGUAAUUACAUUGUACUUGAAUUACGUAACGCCAACUUUGCAUUUAGUUCGAUUUGUAAUCACAAAUUACUUUAACCACGAGUGUAAUUGAAUUAUUUUGCAAUUAUAAUUCUCAAAGCAAUUCAGUUGUAAUUUCGCACAAUUUUAAUGCACAUUACUUAUUUUAAUGCUUAAACUUCGCUAUUCUUAGUUGCAAAUAAUCGAUAAUUAAAUUAAUGACGAAUAUAAUUAACGAACGUGGAAUAGUAAUUAUGGAGGAACUUCAAUUGUUUAAUAACAUUAAAAUUUCUGUCGAAAAUAAUGUAUAGUAAGUUAAUUGUGUACAAAAUACAUAAUUCUUAGUUAUGCCAAUAUAAGGGCUUGUACAGAUGAUACUGAGAAUAAUGUAUCCUUGAAUUACCGAAUUGUAAAUAUAUGUAUGUAUUGCGAGCGGUGUUGGCUAUUAUUGAAUUACUUAAAUAAGAAAUAUCUUAUUUAAAUAAGAAAUUUCGUUGUUAUUCGCGACUGAAAUGUUGUUUCAAUUUCUUAGUUGUUAUUUAAUAGGUAAAUUAAAUCUUGCCCAGCACCGUAUAUGCGGCAGAAUGUUUAGCACGUAACGAGAAAUGACUGACGAAUGAUCUCCUGUAAAGAAACUGUUUUUUAGCGUUAUGCUAUUUUAUCGCGUAAGACGUAAAAUUUUAACGCUAUGAGUAAUGAUAUUGUUUCGCGCAUAUCGAAUUUUUGCUACAAUUAAAAUACGAUAAAUGUAUUAUGUAUGUAUGUGUAUAUUUAUUAUAUUAUUACCAAAUAAGGCGAGGCACACAAGUAAACAGCAUCGAGCUCCUAACAGUAUUUGUGUAUGUAACUGGUAAUUAAUCUAAGGGAUAAAUAUAACGUGUAAUAGAAAAUGAAUUCCAACUCGAAGCUUGUAAUAAUGUUCUACAUUUUGAUUAUACCGGCGAGAGGAAAGUCGAAUUUAUGUAAUUUACACAUAAUUUAAUCCAAUAGUUACUCGAAAUGUAUCUUCUUAAGGUCGCUAUAGACGUUGAAACACGUUGCGAUGCUUAGAGUUCAUAAAAUCUGCAUCAGUUUUCGGUUUACCUCCGCAUUACCGACUCUUCCCAAUGUACCAACGUUGAAACACGUGUCCGAAAAUGUUUGAUUAUAUUCCGAUAGGAGGUAUGUUGGUUAUAGAAAAUACGAAAUUAAUCGCAUGAUUCUGCUUUUCAAUCGCAUCAACUUCGCCCAACGAUCGACGAACGAAAUACAACGACGAGGGUGUACCGUAAAUUACAUUCAACGUCGGUGCUACCCUCUGUACGUUGAAAUUUGCAUUCCAAAUAGGAUCUACCUUACCAACUAACACGGGAUUGUGAUUGCUGCACCGAUAUAAGUCGCUUCUGAUGCCGAUUCGCCGCAACGUGUUUUAACGCGCGUAGAAAUCUUCGCGAGUUACGUUCUUCGAGGUUAAUCUCACGAAGAUACCAGCGAACGAUUUUUACACGAAUGUUUGUAUUUCGCUUCGGAUAUCAGUAACAGUCUUAUUUUUAUUUUUAUUUAUUUAUUACACCGUUUUAUUUUUUUAGGUACUUGGGAAAUCUCUGAACAUUUUUGUGAAGCCCUGCGAAUGUACACCGCAUUAUCUACAAGAUGUCAAGCGGACAAAUAGAUCAUCGUACUAAUCAACAUCGUGAAAUUUUGAAGAAAAUUUUGAUAAUAAUUGAUGGGAUUGAAACUUAGGAUAGCGUUAGUUAGCGACGGAAAAGGUAUUGAUUGCGGUUUGUUCGAAUAAGCGUCUAUUCGUUGGACGAGGGUUUCUUACUUAUGUAACGUAAAUUAUGUUUUGUAUCGAUGGCGCCCUCUACACGUUGAAAGCUGCGUGUUUACGAGGCUUUGCACGCCAACUAAGACGGGAAGCAUCGAUAAAAGUUGUUGUUCAAUGGUGAUUCGUCGAUACCAAACUACAUGCAUCGUAACAUGUAAUCACGAGACCUAAGUGUCGAUGCAUGCGCCGCAACGUGGUUCAACGUGUAUAGAGGCCUUUAGCGAUAAGGACACGAGCGCAGAUAACGGUCUAUGAUACGACCAGUCUGUUAUUAAUAAAUAAUAAAUGUCGAUCGAUGAAAAAUCUUGUCGAAACAUGUACAAGCAUGUACAAUAACGGCCUUCGCGAUUAAGUUCAUUAUUUAAAACUACUGUGUCUAGCGAAUAAACAUGAUUGUAACGAUGUAUGUCACUCGUAUAUGGGAACAGAACAUAAAUAUAAUUCGUAUGUGUGA